AUGGGCAAGAAGCCGUCAAUCGAUCAAUGCGAUCAUAUCCUCACAUCCCGAGGCGAGAUCCUCGAGAUUGAGGAGCGCAAGAUUGAUGGUCGGCAAUACCGAGUCUGGAAGCAUGCACCCAAAACAUUCCGCUCCUUCUUCCUGGCGUCCAUGGUCAAAUAUGCGGACCGGACAUUCAUCUCCUCCCCCUCAUCCUCUGGGACGUCCCGGGAGAGCGUGACCUUCAAACAGGUCCAUGAACGCGCGGAGCGGCUGGCGGGGUGGAUGAAGGAGCAAGGGCUGGGGAUGGGGAGUCGGGUAGCUAUUGGGGGAUCCAAUUCCGCAGGAUGGGUUGUGGCGUUCAUGGCCGUCCACCUGAUCGGCGGAAUAGCCGUCUGCCUCAAUGCCAUGCUCCCGCAAGAUCUGAUGCUACACUGCCUGAAGACGACCACUCCCCAUCUAGUCCUGGUAGACCCAGAAAGAGCAGAAGCGCUCAAACCUAUCCUGUCCAUGCUGAAAGAGCUGGGCGUAGGGCCGGUCGUGGACUUUACGACGGACCUGCAGUGCGGUCCCGCCUCCUUGGAAGAUGUCCGGUCUGGGAAAGGCCUCGAGGCGCUGGAUCCGGAAAGUGACGGCUUGAUCUUCUUCUCGUCUGGUACGAGUGGCCCGCCGAAGGCGGUGCUCAGUACGCAGCGAAUGGCGUUGACGAACCUCUGGUCCGGGAUGGUCGCUCCCGCCCGCGCCGCGCUUCGGGCAGACCUAAUCCCUCCUCCCCUCCCAUCCACAUCCGACCCGCAACGCACAGUCCUCCUAGCGAUCCCGCUGUUCCACGUCACGGGUUGCCUCUCGUGGCUCAUGCGCGCAGUCUUUGCCGGAAGCAAGAUGGUGAUGAUGCGGAGGUGGGACGUGAAGGAGGCGGUAGCCCUGAUUGAGGGAGAGGGGGUCACGGUCAUUGGAGGAGUCCCAGCCGUCGUAGCUUCAAUCCUCCAGUCUCCCGACCUCCUCAAAGAUCGAUCGUUCGAUACAGUGUUCUACGGCGGCGCGCCGCCGAGCAAGCAGCUCGCAGCGGAGGUGAAAGAGCGAUGGCCGAAAGCAGGACUGGUGCAGGGAUACGGGAUGACGGAGACUAACGCUUAUGUCUGUUCUAUCGCCGGAGGGGACUAUGUACUCAAGCCUGAUAGCACUGGACCCGUCGUUCCCGUGACAGAUGUCAAGAUUGUCGAUCCCGCCACUCGGAAAGAGUUGCCCGAUGGCAAGAUCGGUCUGCUUCUCGUGCGUGGUCCGCAGGUGAUGAAGCGAUACUAUGGGAAUGAGAAAGCCACCGCCGAGGCGAUCGAUGCGGACGGAUGGCUCGAUACCGGCGAUGUGGCCGAGGUGGACUAUGAAGGCUUUGUGUAUAUUCGAGAUCGACAGAAGGACAUCAUUAUCCGUGGCGGCGAGAACAUCACAUCGUCAGAGGUUGAGAACGCUUUAUACGCGGAUAAGCGCGUUUCUGAGGCGGUGGCCAUUGGGAUCCCCGACAAGAUCCUGGGCGAGCUGGUUGGUGCUAUAGUGGCUCUGCGGCCUGGGCAGAAGGGGACCGAGGCGGAUAUCCUGGAGGGUGUCAAAGGGAGACUGCCGCGGUUCGCCGUCCCUUCUCUGUUGUUGAUACACGAUGGACCCCUCCCCAAAAACGUCAACGGCAAAGUAGUCAAGCGGGACAUGAGGCCGAUGCUGGUGGAUGAAUGGGCAAAGCGGCAGCCAAAGCAGGAACAGCUGAAAGCGAAGCUCUGA